AUCCAUUGGUGUUCGAUGAAGAUAUAGCUUCAUAAUAUAAAGUUUAAAAACAAUAUAAUAGAGGCAAAGUUAUAAAAAAAAAGUGAAUAAUUAUUUUUGCGCAUUAAUUCGUUUGAAGGUUAUUACUAUUGUUGUAUCAUCAAAUAAAGGUUAAUUGAAAAAAAAAACUUGCAUUGAUAUGUCGACUUCUAUGGGCAGUGGUGUCUCAAAGAUUUCAUCUCUUCCGGUCGACGCCACCUUCCGGUUGCCUUCGCCCUUGCCUGCGUGGCCCACCGGAGACGGUUUCGGGAAAGAAACUGUUGAUCUCGGAGGGUUAUUAGUGUCAGAAGUAACGAGCUUUACGAAAGUUGUCGCAACUCGAGAAGGUGGGCCCGGCGGCAACGGUGUCUCGUUUUUUGAGCCGUCCCCCGUGCCGGACGGAUUUUGCAUGCUCGGACACUAUGCGCAAGCCAACGACACGCCCCUCUUCGGGUGGGUCAUGGUGGGGAAGGACGCGAAGGGCGACGGCGGAAACUCCGCCGGAGCUCUGAAGGCGCCGGUGGAUUACACACAAGUUUGGAGGCAAGACGGCCCCACCGCCUACAUAUGGUGCCCGGUGGCCCCCACGGGCUACAAAGCCGUGGGUUAUGUUGUCACAACGUCAUCUGACAAGCCCUCGCUUGACAAGAUCCGUUGCGUUCAUGACGAAUUCACAGACGAUGCCGAAAGCGACGAAUUGAUAUGGGACUCCGAAGGGAUAAAAUUGUACGCCUCGAGGCCUAGAGAGAGAGGCAUCCGGGCAUCUGGCCUAAGUGCAGGCUCGUUUAUGGCCCAGUUGUCCAAUGGAGGUAAAGAGUCAACGCCGUUUACGGUACAUUGUUUGAAGAAUGUCAAGAAGUCGACAACAUCCGCAAUGCCCAAUCUAAACCAAAUCAAAGCGCUUGUUGAGGUUUACGCUCCUUGGAUCUACUUCGACUCUAACGAGCAAUACUUCCCUUCUUCAGUCACUUGGUUCUUCAAGAACGGUGCGUUACUCUACACGAAAGGCAAAGAAUCCGCACCGGUUGCAAUCGAGCCAACCGGUGCGAACCUCCCGCAAGGCGGCCCAGACGACGGUUCAUACUGGCUCGACCUCCCAAUUGAUGAAGCAGAAAAGGAAAGAGUAAAAAAGGGAAGCCUCAAAGACUUCACAUGUUAUAUCCAUGUGAAACCAAUGUUUGGUGGAGCCUUUACAGAUUUAGUUUUCUGGGUGUUUUACCCCUUUAACGGGCCGGCUCGAGCAAAAGUCGAGUUUGUGACCGUCAAGCUUGGAUCACUCGGGGAACACAUCGGAGAUUGGGAACAUGUGACGCUUAGGGUUAGCAACAUGAGCGGCGAGCUAAAAAAGGUGUACUUCUCGCAGCACAACGGAGGAAUGUGGGCGAACGCCUCUCAAGUCGAAUACCAAAAAGGGAACAAGCCCGUCGUCUAUUCGUCAUAUAACGGGCAUGCGGCUUACCCUAAAGCCGGGGACGUGUUACAAGGAAUCAAGAACAUAGGACUAAGGAAUGACACAGACAAAGGGAAGAUGUUCGUCGACACCGGGGCAAGCUUUUCUAUAGUCUCGGCAGAGCAUUUAGGCAAAGAUGUGGUUGCCGAGCCUCCAUGGCUAAACUAUACCAGAAAAUGGGGUCCGAAUACUACAAACAACGUCGGAAAAGAGAUUGACACAGUAAAAAAUGCCCCUCCGGGAAUCCUAAAAGUUGAAGUGGAGAAACUUGUUGGAAUCCUUCCUAGUGAGGCUUUGGGUGGAGAAGGACCAGCUGGUCCUAAGGGCAAAGACAGUUGGAGUGGAGAUGAAAGGAGCUAAUAAGCACACAAACACAUGCAUAGAGUUCUAAUAACUUAUGUUUCCUAUGGUAGGAUGAAACUAAAAUAAAACCCCAAUAAUAAAUGUGCAGAACAAAU